GUAGGGGGCGGUGUGCAUCUUCAACUUCAGUUUGCAAAAACCACGAAGAAGAAGAAACGUCAACACUUCCGCAACAACAUGGAAGCGACAGUAGAAGUUGGAGACAAGCUCGCCGGCGAAACCGGUGCCGUGAAAAUACAGGAGCGCCUUCAGAAGCGGCACCAGGCGAGGAUAGAGGAUGUCGAGCGGAGAAAAGAAGCUAAAGAGAGCCAGUCUGUCGCCGAGGAGAAGGGCGAGUACUUCUCCAGCGCUUUCAACAGAGAGCGGGAGGCCGCGGAGGAGCUGCUGUCCGGUUGCUCCGGAGCGGACCGGGCCACCGUGACUCAGAGGCUAGAGGAGGCGACGGCCAAAACCGUGCAGCUCCAGAAGUUUCUGAGCGACAGCGUGUUGUUUCUAACGCAGUACGAGCUGAGACAGGCGCAGGCGGCUCUCCAGAAACUCCAGACUUCCCUGGCUGAGACGAGAGAGGAGGCUCUACCCAAGAAGAAGUUCGCUUUUAAAGCUCGCACUAAAGCUGCAGACAAAGUCUCAGCGGCACCAGUGUCAGACACACCUUCACCUGAUGCUGGCACACCUGCAGAUGCUGGUAGCACCAAGGUGGAUGAAGCCUCUGAGCAGUGCGGCUUCUCCAACAUGAGCGAUGUGGUUGUGAUUAAACCAGCCGAGGAGAUCCAGCAACGAGACGUGCUGUUGACCCAUCUGACUAACUGCAAGGUGCGUCUGCUUGGUUCCCCCAGCACGCUGCACCUGAAGCACAUCGACAGCUGUGAGAUCCUAUGUGGGCCGGUGUCUAGCUCAGUAUUCAUCGAUCAUUGUAGAAACAGCACUCUGGCCUUCCCCUGCCAGCAGCUGCGGACCCACAACACCACAGACACAAAGGUGUAUCUGCACGUCACGAGCCGAGCCAUCAUAGAGGACUGUAGAGGAGUGAGCUUCGCCCCCUUCUCCUGGUCUUACCCCAGCCUGGAGGAGGACUUUAGUGUGUCUGGCCUAGACCAGAACAGGAACAACUGGAACCAGGUGGAUGACUUCAACUGGCUUGCUGCAGGAACACCUUCCCCCAACUGGGCUGUCAUUCCAGAAGAAGACAGGAAAACCAGCUGGGACCCCAAGAAUUGAACUUUUUAAGCCUCUAUUUGCCAAAGUAGCAUGUCAGACAAACCACCAAAUUAAUUGUUUUCAGUCAGAAUACACAUACAUAAUCAUGUCCAUGUGCUUUCAUUGGUUUCUUUUACGCUAGCGAUUGUCAGCUUUAGUUGGCAGAUUUCAUUCACUGGUUGUGUUUUACUGCUCUGUGUGUAUACAGCUGGGAAAAAUGUCAGUUUGUAUGACAAGAUUAAAGCUGCACUCAUGUAUUUAAAUAAAAAUGCACCCGCCUUAUCAGCCUAAAUCACAUGUAGGCUAUAAUGCAGAAGAACAUCUCAUCCCCCCUGAGACAUUCACUCUUUAGCCAAAAUGAGACUUUGGUUUGGAGUAGGGCUGAAACAAACUAUCGAUUUGUCAAUUAUUUUUUAAGUUAAUUGACUAGUUGUUUGGGCUAUAAAAUGUUAGAACAUUGCAUAUAGGUAGAUAUUUUAUUAAUCCCAAAGGGAAAUUUAAAUGUUACAGCAGCCAACAAUGAGGUAAAAGAAACAAAUGCAAUUAAAGGCUAAAUUAUAUACAAUAAAUAAAUACACUAAUUCAAAUAUAAAAAAAUGAAUAGAGCGGAAGGAAUAGAAAGGUCAGGUGGAUUUUGCUUCAGGAGUAACGUGAAUGAUUGUCCAUGGAUGUCAGAAUUGAGUGUGCUAAAUAUUGAUACCUGAGUAAUGUACACAAUAUAUAUUGAUA